AUGGAGGUAAAACAAGAGCAGGAAAAUAUUUAUCUGUUCGUGCCCAACAUUAUCGGGUACGCCCGGAUCGUGUUGGCAAUUGUUUCCUUCUACUACAUGCCCACGGACUACGUGAUUGCCAGCUGGUGCUACAUCAUCAGCGUACUGCUCGAUGCACUCGAUGGCCAUGCGGCACGGCAUUUCAACCAGUCUACAAAGUUCGGCGCAAUGCUGGACCAGCUUACUGAUCGUUGCGGUACAUGCGGCCUGCUGGUAACGCUGAGCUACUUCUACCCGAAGUACAUGUUCUGGUUCCAGCUUUCGAUGGCCAUUGAUGUUGCGUGCCACUGGUUCUAUCUGCAUACGACUGUCCUUCAGGGCAAAACGUCGCACAAGUUUAUCGACAUGUCCGGUAAUCCGAUUAUGCGCGUCUACUAUACCAAUCGUCUGGUGCUUGGCUUCAUGUGUCUGUUCAACGAGCUGUUCUAUGCGGCCCUGUACUUGCUACACUUUACACCGGGCCCGCUACUGCUGGGCUUCUCCACCUUUAAGCUGCUCGCCAUCGUCUCGUUCCCGGUCGCCGUCGUUAAAACGGGCAUCUCGGUGAUCCACGGAUUUGUGGCCAGCUGCAACAUUGGUGUGAUUGAUGUGGCAGAACGUGCGGCACAACGGGAACGGGAAGCAAACAAGAAACCGCAAUAAAUUCUG